AGCAGCAGCAGCAGCGGCCGUAGCUGUCAGCUGGGCUAGGAUCCACGCCACGCCGCCUCCUUCCUCCCAUUCUCCACCCCAGCCCCGGAGCCCAUAAGGCCUCCGUCACUCCCGCGGCUCGAGAGCCUUCCCGAGGAACCGCUGACCGGGCGCAUCCUUCCUUCUCUAGUCGGCGCCAAGAGAAGCCCCGGGUGGGGGUGGAUAGCGCGGGGGUGAGCGAAGCUUAGCGGCCGGCAUGAUGCGGCUUCGAGGCUCCGCGAUGCUGCGGGAGCUGCUGCUGCUGCAUCCUCCCGCCGCCGGGGCGGCUCUAAGGCGGGGACAGCCCCUCACCACCUUGUGCCGGCGCCCCCGAGCCGGUGGCCGAGCUGCCGCCGCGGCCCGAGAGCUGUUCCCCUGGCGGGGUGGAGGCGCCCGUCGGCCUGCGACGCCACUAGCCCGGGGGCUGUCGAGUUCCCACUCGGAAAUCCUGCAGGAGCUGGGCAAGGGGAGCGACCAGCCCCAGUCAUCGCAGCCCUCGUCGACCCCCGCUAAGGACGGCCCCGGCGAGGCCAACGCCUAUGGCAACAGCGAGGGGAAGGAGCCGGCCGGGGGAGAAAAUAAGAUCAAACAGGGUCUUCUACCUAGCUUGGAGGAUUUGCUGUUCUAUACCAUUGCAGAAGGGCAAGAAAAAAUACCAGUUCAUAAAUUCAUUACUGCACUGAAAUCUACAGGACUGCGAACUUCUGAUCCCAGGUUGAAAGAGUGUAUGGAUAUGUUGAGAUUAACUCUUCAAACAACAUCAGAUGGUGUCAUGCUAGACAAAGAUCUUUUUAAAAAAUGUGUCCAAAGCAACAUUGUGCUGCUUACACAGGCCUUUAGGAGAAAGUUUGUUAUUCCAGACUUUAUGUCAUUUACCUCACACAUUGAUGAAUUGUAUGAAAGUGCUAAAAAACAGUCUGGAGGAAAGGUUGCUGAUUACAUCCCUCAACUGGCCAAGUUCAGUCCAGAUUUGUGGGGAGUAUCACUAUGUACAGUGGAUGGGCAGAGGCAUUCUAUUGGAGAUACCAAAGUUCCAUUUUGUCUUCAGUCCUGUGUAAAACCCUUGAAAUAUGCCAUUGCUGUAAAUGACCUUGGGACAGAAUACGUGCAUCGAUAUGUUGGAAAAGAGCCCAGUGGAUUAAGAUUCAACAAACUCUUCCUGAAUGAAGAUGAUAAGCCUCAUAAUCCUAUGGUGAAUGCUGGAGCAAUUGUUGUAACUUCGUUAAUAAAGCAAGGAGCAAAUAAUGCUGAAAAAUUUGACUAUGUGAUGCAGUUUUUGAAUAAGAUGGCUGGUAAUGAAUAUGUUGGAUUCAGUAAUGCCACGUUUCAAUCUGAACGAGAAAGUGGAGAUCGGAAUUUUGCAAUAGGAUAUUACUUAAAGGAGAAAAAGUGUUUUCCUGAAGGCACAGACAUGGUUGGUAUAUUAGACUUCUACUUCCAGUUGUGUUCCAUUGAAGUAACUUGUGAAUCAGCCAGUGUGAUGGCUUCCACAUUAGCUAAUGGUGGUUUCUGCCCAAUCACUGGGGAAAGAGUGCUGAGCCCUGAAGCAGUUCGAAAUACACUAAGUUUGAUGCAUUCUUGUGGCAUGUAUGACUUCUCGGGUCAAUUUGCUUUCCAUGUUGGUCUUCCUGCAAAAUCUGGAGUUGCUGGGGGCAUUCUUUUAGUUGUUCCUAAUGUUAUGGGAAUGAUGUGCUGGUCUCCUCCAUUGGAUAAGAUGGGCAACAGUGUUAAGGGAAUUCACUUCUGUCAUGAUCUUGUUUCUUUGUGCAAUUUCCACAACUAUGAUAAUUUGAGACACUUUGCAAAAAAACUUGAUCCUCGAAGAGAAGGUGGUGAUCAGAGGCAUGCCUUUGGACCCUUGGAUUAUGAAAGUCUCCAACAAGAACUUGCUCUAAAAGAUACAGUAUGGAAAAAAGUGUCACCUGAGGCAAAUGAGGACAUCUCCACAACUGUAGUGUAUAGAAUGGAAAGUCUGGGAGAGAAAAGCUAAAGGAAAUGGGAUUUAGUGUCAGAAUUUUCUUUAUUGAAACUCACGAAAUGUCUUUUGUUGCAUGCAUAUUCUCAAUAUUUAUUUGAUAUUUUUUGUUUGUUUCUCAACUUUUGGGGCAAGCCAUAGACUUUGAUCUCCUCCUAAUCCUUGUGUAAAACUUUCAAAAACUGGAUUCACUUACCUUUAAAGACUGCAAGAGGCAUCAAAGAAAAUUUAUUUUAAAGGAAAGUAUAAAAAGGAAACUUCAUUUAUUUUAAAAUUUGUCUCUAUUUUGCAAUAAUUUGUAUUAUAUGCUCUGAUAAGAAACAUUUUCAUAUUGGAAAAAUAGAAGCUCUUGAUUUAAAAUCUCUUACUAAACCUUUAUUUUUCAGUUCUAUAAACUGACUGACAUGGUGUCUAUAAUGUCACUUUCUAAGCCAAAUUCAAAGGACAAAGUUAUUGAUUUUCAGGUUUAUUUUAUUUAAUGUUAAUUAUUGAUACCAUAUCAGAAUAGUUCUAAAAUACAAAGUGACUUCAAGUUAAGCUCAAAUAUUUUUGUAGCACUUUUUGAUACUUUUUAUUACUUUUAAUAUUCUUAGCAAUUUUUUGAGGUCUUGUAGUGAAUGUAUGUAGUGCCUAGUUAUUCUUUGCAACCCCAAUGUUGCAGUAAUGAUAAGAUUUCAAUGGGUAGUGAGUAACUUACAUUACUCCUAAAUAUUCCAGCCAAAAUAACUUCAGGUAUAAAAUUAAUGCUCAAAUUGCUAGUAGACUAGAAGGAACAAAAGCAUUUCCAAGAGAAAUUGUCUCUGUUUAUUAGUUAUAUUUUCAUUUUCCAACCUAACAAGGAUCUUUUUUUUUUCUUUAACUUUUCAUUAAGGUUUUUUCCCUCCCACAAUGAAGUAGGAAUAUAUCUGUUAGCUUCAAAGGAUGUUUUAUUUGCACUUUUUAAGUAUAGUGACAUAGGAAUGGACUAAAGAACUUCUUGGAAUUUCAUACUAUAUCAAGCCAUUUAAUUUUAUAUGCUAAGUCCUUGAGGUUAGAUUUCUAGUACCUUAAUUGUAUUGAGAGUAACAUGUCCAGUUUAUUGCUUUCUAUUAUGAAGAAAAAACUGGUAACUAUGAUAAAGAAACUCUUUUGGCAAAUGUAUUUUGAAAUUACACAGGACCUAUUCACAAUUCUUCCCUCAGUUUACCUGCUUGCUUUACCUAAAGUUACAUCAUAGUCCAGGUCCAUAUUCUUGUCUCAAGCUGUAAACAUUUCUUUUGAAAGGAAUAGAACAUGUAGACUUUGUAAUUGUAGGUUAUGGAUGUCAGGGUAAAGAUUACUAAAGGAUAAUAAGACAUAAAGGUUGUUUUAGAACACUUAGAGGGGUUUUUGGCUGUGUAAUGACUAACCAAAAUGAAGAGAUAAUAGGUUAAGGACAAGACAGUGUGGCAAAAAAACUAGCCUUGAAGCCAAGAAAUAUUCAGUUCACAGUUUGCCUCAGACACAUAUUGACUAGUGCUCAAAAACAAACAUUUUUAAGGUUUUUCCCAUGACUCAUGGUUAUUUAAAAUCAUUAUACAUUACUGCUAUGAAAGCCAUUAUUAUUUUUUAAAAAAUUUUUUUAAUGGAGAGCAUCUUUACCACUGUAACCUUGGACCUGAUUCAGACUCAAUAAUAUUAUUUCCCAUUAGAGAUCUGAACAGGUUGAGUGCCCAAAGAAGUCUUUCUUUCCUUGACUCCCCAACCUCUCCAAAUCCGGUGCUACUAUUCAUUUUGUCAUAAGUUUUGUUUUUUAGAGCUAACAUAUUUAAUAAAGCUGAUUUUGUUAGUAAAACUGGAAAUAGUUAAGAAAGUACCACAAAAAGGAAAUGCUAUGUUUUCAUUCAUUAAUAUACAUUUAUAAUCAUGUUGUUUAUUUGUAGAAUUUACAUGACCUUGUAAAACUUAAAUUUUUAUUUAGAAGUAGGAUAACCACGAAAUUACCACAGUAAGUUUAUAGAACAAAAGCCCCCCCACAAAAAAAAAGAGAGAGAGAGAGAAAAUAAAAGAAAAUAUUCACUCAUUGGAGAAAGUAGAGGAUGAAAUAAGAGGAAAGAUGCUUUGUGAAUAGGACCCAAAACAUCUGUUAAAACCAAAACAACUUUGCCAGAGGCUUAAAGGCUUUAUCUUGUGUCAUUCAGUAUUACCAAUACUAUUUCCAAGAUAAUCCUUUUAAAAAUGCCCAUGAUUGUUGGGUUUCAUUUGUUUCAUACCAUUACUGAUUCUUGAUAUUCAAGCAUUUUAGAAGUUAGUAUGUUGUUUUUCUUUGUUGGCAUCAUUGACAUUUCAUUUGAAAUGUUUCUUUAAAUACUUUGGUUUUUUAGCAUAAAUGUUGUGCAUUUUGCUUGAGUAUUUAGAUUUAAAACAUUUGUCUUAUUUGGCCUCUUUUUCAUUGCUUUGUAUAUUUAAUGUACCUUUUGUUUCCAGCAUGCAUAUUUUUGUAUUGUAUAAUAAAUUUAUUUUAAGCUGAUUUUAUUGUUUUGAAAGUGUUUUUGAUGAAAAUAGCUCCAACUAUUUAUACAAAUCAUGUGUUGGAGAUUUUUAAUUGAGAAAAAAAAUUAUCUGCUAUAAAAAUACCACCAAAAGUCUUGAACAUUUUUAAUUCUAAGAUUGCUAAGAAGAGAAACUGGAAAUACUUAAAGGUGCAUCAUUUGCUUUUUUUUUUUUCAAUGGGCAGUGGGUUUGUUGGGGGAUUUUUUUUGUUUCAUUUUUGUUUGGUUUGGUUUUUUAUUGAUUGUACUUCAUUUAAAUAAAGACUUUUUCUUUGAGGGUUUUUUUUUUUGUUGUUUUCCAUUUAGUAACACUAAUUCCCUUCUUCACCCAAAACCCAAAACAAACCAUUGGUAGAGAAGUAAAUGUUCAAUUAAAUUACUUUCUGCUUUCUGAGAAGAGUAUUAUUAAUUCUGACACAAUCCUAGAUUGUUACUGAUUAAUACAUGACCCUGAAUUUAUUUAUUUGUAACUUACAGAGUAGGGAAAAUGUAUUGCUCAGUUUAAUGAAGAAUGAGUUUAGAAUCUUAGAGCUCACACACCAUACUACAGAAGCAUAAUCUUACACCCUAUAUAUGAGAAUUUCAUUUUUGGAAUUACCUCAUGAUAGUUUCACAGUAUAUACUAAAAUAUAAAAAAGCUUCACCUUUCCCAUGAGUUGCAUUUCAUUGGUUUUAAAAUUAAGUCCCCAUCCCCUCCUUCCCUGUACUUUUCUUGUUUAUGUUUUCUUCCUUAGUGAGCUUUGAUAUGUGGAAUUUAACUUCAAAAUAGGUUAAGGAACACCUAAAUUAUUGUAACAAGAGACCAAGACUUAAAUUAAUAGGGUACAAAAACAUAUGUUUUAAAAUAUUGGAUUAAAUAGUGCACAUCCAAGAUUGAACAUUACCUUUUGUGGGGGUAACAUACAUAGAAAACUAGAUACAAUUUUAGUUUUAAUAGCCUAUUUUACUUCACCAGUGGGAAUUUGUGCGUUGAUGUGUUUUGCUUCCUUGAUGACCUUGGAAGCCUUGAAAUGUGUUUUUAAAAGGUAACAUCUUUUAUUUCUUCUCAAAGAAAUGGAUAUAUCAGCAAUUUGUACCUCCCUUACUGCAUUUCAGUAUUUUAAUCCUUAAUCUACUAUUUCUAAUAAUAAAACCCAAGUUGGCCAAAAUUUAAUUGGAGAGACACCAUAACUUGGAAUUUGGUGUACUAGCUAAACAAUAGGCUGUUUUGCAAUAUCACUUAGAUCAAGUCUUCUUUCAGUCCCUUUGGCUUGAAACAGUGUAAUUUUUUUAUUUGUUUGUUUGUUUAUACAAUUAGAAAACAUAGCAAGAAAUUUUUAUUUGUAACCUGUUAAUUAUUUGUUUGCAAGACAGUGGAAAUGUUCAUUUCUUCUAUUGCAUAGAAAAUAGAAGCUUCUUUUGUUUUGCCAAUUAGGUGAUUACUGUGAUUUCUAUAAUAAGAAAUGGAUCAACUUGAAGAAACAACAUUUUAUUGCCACAUAUUUUUAUAAAGCGUUGUCACUGUAUUAUUAAUCUGAAAAACAUUUUCAGAAUUAUGGUUUUGCCAAGUAGCAAAUGGUGUUAAUAUUAAGUUCAUUUCAGAACUCUAGAUUUCAAUUAUUCCUUUGCCAGGAUAUAAACUAAAGUGUUGUUCCGGAAAGGGGAAAAAAAUCUAACAAGUGGAGUUAAUUGUGUUUACUUGAACCUUUUUUUUUUUUUUUGGUAUGGAUAAUAGAAUACAUUUAAUUUUUUUUUAAAACUGGGUUUACAUAAGCUCCAUAUGACUUCAUGUUGGUGAACUUUGUGUCCUUAUUCCCAUAAUCUUUUUAUUUUUUUAUUGUAAUCGCCAGAAACUGAACACAUUUUUUUUGUCUGAAUUGUAGGCUUAUAUUGUUAUUUCCAUGAACUUAUAGGUAGGAACUUCUGCCAUAUAGCAUUAUCUUAAUAAUUAUAUUGAAUAAUAGUCUCUUGAUUUGCUGUUCAAUUCAAAUGAAUAUGGCCUUGGUGAGCACUUGGCUGUAUUUUAGAUUAUUCAUUGUACUUUUCCAUCUAAAUUACCAUACAUUAUCAGUAUGUUAAAGGGUAUCAGCUUCUUUCAAAACUAAAUCUUCUAUAAUAACUAAAUUCUGAAAUUUUUGUUAUUGAAAUGAAAUGAUAGGCCAUUGUGAGGCAAAGAACAAAAGUUAACAUAACAUUCUGAGAAGUUGGCUUUCAGUUUAUCUUAUAAAAUAUUUGUUAAUAUAAAUACUGCAGAAAUGACACCUGUAUUAUACAAUGUGUGAAUCUAAAAGAUACUGUGGAAAGAAAAAUUAUCUGAAGUUAUUUUUUAUCUUUACAAUAUAUACUUUGUCAAUAUUUUCAAUAACUAAAGUGCCUAUCAGUUCAAUUUAGAAAUUUAAGCUUUAUGCUCAAAAACAGCCAAAUAGACUAAUUUUCUAAGAUGAGCCAGUUUAUUUCAACAUUUUUAUGCUGUUGAUUUGGAUUUUUAUUUUUAGUAUCUCAGAAAUUCAGAUUAGAGAUUAAGACCACCAAGUCUAGUCACUCUUAUUUUAUUCAGUAGGGAAUUAACACCUAUAAUCAUUUGAAUAACUGACUACGAAUUUUGAACACGUAUCAAAAUGCUUUAUUUUUGUGUGUCUUUUUAAAGUAUUUUUUUGUUUGUUUUUUUUAGUAAGGCAAUUGGGGUUAAGUGACUUGCCUAGGGUCACACAGCUAGUAAGUGUUAAGUGUCUGAGGCCGGAUUUGAACUCAGGUACUCCUGACUCCAGGGCCGGUGCGCCAUCUAGCUGCCCCCUAAAGUAUUUUUAAUAAAAAAGAAGAGGCACAAUGAGCAGAAACCAAUCAAAGGCAAAUAAAUUGUGGGGUGUGAUCAACCUUUCUGAGAUUAUUAAACUCUUUAAUUUUUUUCCACAAUUAUAUAAAAGUUAAUUCCUCAUUAAUUCUGGAAGUGAUUGCAUGAUUUGUAGUGGUUCCAAAAAUGAAGUAUCACCCUUAGAGCCUUUGCAGGUCAGUUCUGGGACAUUAUGACUCCAAAAAUAUAGAUAGAUGUUGCACCAACAGCUUUUGGAGGCAAAAGCUAGUCAUAAUAACUAAGGAAGUGGAUGAGAAAAGGGCUUUUAGGAAAAUUGGGAAAAGGUAUUUUCUAAGUUUAUUUUACUUAGCAAGUUCACCAAGAAGCCUUAAACCACAUAAAUGGGGAUCACUCUUAAUCUUUUAUUGGAAUUGCUUGACUUCAAAAUAAACAAUGACAUUACCAGUCCAUAUUUAACAAAGGUUUUAAUGCUUGAUUUUAAUCCUCAUUUAUCCUUUUAAAUUGGAUAAAUCACAAACUCAAUAUGUUUAAGCUGUUGGACAGUACUAGAUCUUUUAAAAUUAAUUUAAUAUAUUAAUUUAAAAAUAACUAGUGCUACCCCCAAAUUUAACAAAUUUGAUUAGUGCCUGAAAGCACAAUGAAAUAGGCACUCAGUUAAAAACAAUUGCUCUUAUAGCAACAUGUAUACUCAAAUUGGAACAGCUUGUCAAUAUGCAAAUUUAUGAAGUAUUUCAUUAUAGAAUUAAUGCUAAAAUCAUUAGUAUUUAGUUCCUCUUUACACUGUUACUCUGGGGGUUUACCUUACAAAUGUGUUUUUGUUCUGAUUUUAGUUUGAUCAGCACUUGAAAUGUUUUGCAUCUGUUAUCAUCAAGAAAUAUUUAUUAAGUAUCCAUGUGUGUUUGACACAAAAAUUAAGUCUUCUAUUUUGAAUUUUCCAUUCUGUAAAAUGAUAUUGGGCAGCUAGGUAGUGCACUAUUUAGUGAAUAGAGCAUUAGCCCUGGAGUCAGGAGUUCAAAUGCAACCUCUCAGAUACUAGCUAUGUGACACUGGGUGAGUUACUACUUACCCUGUUCUCCUCCCCAGCCCCAAAAUAUAUAUACAUAAAUUAUGCUUUGCAAACGAGCCAAAAUUUAUUUAGCUCUAUUCCUCCUUGUUUUCAUUUAACACUGUUUUAAUUAAAAAUAUCUUACCUUUACUCUUUUUCCAUAUAAAAUUUAGAAUCUGGGAGCAAAAUAAACUAUUGGAUUAUAUAGCCUGCCCACCAAAAGUUUUCCCAUUAAUCAAUCUUUAUUUUACAACCCAGAAAUUUAAGAUAAGUAUUUUAUUCCAUAACAGCUGUAUUUUUUAAAAUCUAUUUUCAAUAUUAAUAAAGACUAACAUUUCUUUUCCUUUCUAAUUUUACCUUUCAUUGUAACUUCUUGGCAUAGCUUUGGGUACAUUUGGAUUUGGCCAUGUGUCCAAGCCUAAAUGCACUGACUGUAUUUUAAAUAAAAGAAUGAACUAAAUGAUUUUCUAUUGUUGAUUAUAACCAUUUAAAAAUAGGUAGAAGUGAACUGAAAUAAAUUAUUUCAAUUAAUGUAAACUCUACACAUGUUCUCUGCAUCAUCAAAUUGAAAGACAACUAAAAUAAUGAACACGUUUGUUAAACUAAUUACAACAA